CUGGUAUAUAAGGACCGAGUGUACCUCCGGAUCUGUCUCUGACUUCAUACGUCUUGUGUAGUGUCUCUAAGAGAAGAGAACCUUCGCCUCUUGGCAUCAACCAUGGCUCCAUUCCUUCUGUUGUUCGUUGCCCUGGCAACAGCGUCUCCGAUGAAGAGGCAGACCGGCGGCCUUGACGCUGACGGGGACGGACUGAUCACCUAUGCUGAAGUUUCCAUCUGCAUGUCUCUACACGAGGUACUUGUCGCCCUGGACAGAGAUGGUGACGGCUUCAUCUACCUGCCGCAGAUCAUCGAGCUGUGGGGAACCGGAGACAAGUUUUACGAACUCAACACCGACGGCGACGAUCACCUCACCUUCAGGGAGAUUGAGAACGGGAUGACUCUGCAAGACUUUUACGAGCAGUUCGACUUCAAUGGUGACGGGAGUCUGGACGUUGCAGAGGCUUACCAGAUGAACUACAUCUACGACACCAUCUACAGCCCGGCCGCCGACAACCCCCUGGACUCUAACGGCGAUGGCAAGAUCUCCAGGCUGGAAAUCGCGAGCCACAUGAACUAUGACGAGGUGUUGACGGCCUUGGAUGUGGACGGUAACCAGGAACUGACGGCUGAAGAGCUGAAUGUGCUGAUGGGUGCCGCGACUGACCAGUUCAUGGACGAUCAGGACAACAACGAUGACGGGAUGGUCGACUUCCAGGAGGCACAUAGCCACCGUAUGAACCUGGGAAGGAUCUUCCACAGGCUUGACUUCGACAAUAGUAACUACCUAGAGAACGGAGAGGAGAGCGGAUUCUACGUUGUGUGGGACGCCAUCCUUCUGGCGGGCGGCGGCACCAACCCUAACGAAAACUAAGCAAGACCCUAUGGCUUUCGGACCGCAGAGUCACCAGGAGCGGCAGCAAAACAAACAUGUGGGAAUAAAAAGUUUACCAUAAUGU